UAUUGCUGAAGCUAUAGGAUAGGAUAUAAGCUCGUCAACUCUAAGUUGACUACCGAGCUCUCGACACUCUCAUCAGUCUUGGCUCAGCUCUACUACCCGUCGCACCGUCGUGAAAUUUGUUAUUAACUUUGCCCCACUUGUACAAGUUUAAAUUUAUAUAAAUCAGCCAUGAAGCUUUACUUGUUGGUGAUCGCUGUCGUUUCGUUUUUGGCCUACAUCAGCUGUGAUGGAUGCAUCCAGUGCCACUCGAAGGACAACGAACGCUGCGCCACUGAUCCUUUGAGCCUGUUGAAACGCGACUGCUCCGAUGGAACCUCCAACUGCUACUCCCGCAUCCAAGAUGGCUACACAAUUCGCGGAUGCGCCGUUGACCUGGACAACGCCACCCGGAACUCGUGCAACAACGAGCUGAUAUGCCAGCUGUGCACCUACGGCGCGGGAUGCAACCGGAACACCUUCCCGGUGAGCCGCCAGACGUGCCUGCAGUGCUCCGGAAACUCGACCACAUCGGCCUGCGGCAAGGAUACCUAUGUGUCGCCCCAGAUCUGUCCGCUGUACAAGUUUGGCGACAAGUGCUACAUCCGCAACAGCAAUCGCACCGUGGACGGAUCCUUCCAGCGCGGCUGCCUCACCUCGGCGAACGCCAACAAGCAGUGCGUCAAGGAUGGCAACUGCUACACGUGCGAGGGACGCGGCUGCAACUUCCUGCUGGCCAACGAUACCAACAUUCCGCUGGCCCGCGACUCCGGCGCCCAGGUGUUCAUGUCCAUGUCGCUGCUGAUCGGCGGUCUCCUGGCCGCCUGGAGCCUCUAAGGCGGAGCGGCCAGACGCGUCCAUGGACGCCAGUCCCUGCGUCCAUCCUGCAACCUACCCAGUUAUUUUUCUAUACUAGUGGGACUCCACGGAUGGGGCUCCUCCCCCUCCGCCACCACAUUUUAUUUGAAUGUCUCUUAAUAUUUUAUUAAAAAACUGUAUUUUCCUUGCUAAAGAAAGACAAAUAAACCAAAUGAGGGAAAUCAGAAAUGGGACUCCUCGCCCUCCUCCGCCACAUUUCUCUUAUCAAUAUUUUAUUUUUAUCACUAUUUUAUUUGAAUGUCUCUUAAUAUUUUAUUAAAAACUCUGUAUUUUCCCUGCUAAAGAAAGACAAAUAAACCAAAUGAGAGAAA